AUGCUUCCACUAAGGUUCGAUGUAAAUCAUGGUGAUCGAGGUCGCAGCCAAGUUAACCAUUCCAUAAUGAUGAAGUUCCAAAAGAAAAAUGCAUCAAUCUGCCGUCGCUUUAACGCAGUGGUUCGUCUAGCUCUUCAAACUCACACCCAGAUAGACCCGGACCUGGACCGGGUGACGACGCCCGUGUGCAUGCCCAAAGACGCGUCGGCUUGGUCUAGGUCUGGUCAUAUAUGUAUUCUUUUUGAACAUCGUUAUCGUAUUGCCAUGAUCAACUUGCCUAAGACCCGUUCGCUUAUUAAAUGGAAAUCUUGUUAUCACUGUAUGCUAAUUGCGUGUCAUGACACGUAA